AUGCUUCCCCUCGUCGCCGCCCUCGCCCUCGCCGCCGCGACGGCCCAACCGGAGAAGCCGCACAUCCUCCUCAUCACGACGGACCAGCAGCGCGUCGACUCCGUCGGCGCCUACGGCCUCGCCGGCGCGACGAAUCUGAGCCCGCGCCUCGACGCGCUCCGCGCGGAGGGCGUGCUCUGGACGCGGGCCUACGCGGCCGCGCCGUCGUGCUCGCCGUGCCGGACGUCGCUCCUCACGGGCGUGCACGUGCCCGUGCACGGCGUCAUCGAGAACGGCUGGGCGAGGUACCGGCCGGGCCUCCUCGUCUACCCGGACCUGCUGAAGAAGGCGGGCUACGACUGCUCCGUCUACGGCAAGACGCACUUCAAGCCCGAGCCGCCGUCGCUCGACGUCGUCGUCCCCGUCAACGCGAAGACGAAGGCGAAGGGGCGCUGCAACGCGCUCGACAUGCGCCGCGGCGGCGGCGGCGAGUGCCGCAUCGAGGAGAAGGACUUCCUCGAGACCGUCCUCGUCGACGCCUUCGUGAAAAAGCUGAAGACCGCGCGCCGCGACGGGCCGUGGUUCGCGCACGUGAGCCUCCUCGCGCCGCACCCCGUGAGCCUGCCCCCGAAGGGCUGGGGGAACAGGUUCAAAAUUGCGGACCUGCCGGCCGUGGACCACCGGCCGGGCGACUUCGCGAAGCUCCCGGAGGAGACGAAGCUCCUGCUGCACAACACGUCGACGCGGACCUACAAGCACCCCUACGUCAGGGCGACGGACGGCUCGCUGAUCCGGCGGGUCGUCGACGCGGAGCGCGUCGCCUACUACUCGCUCUGCGCCUACGUCGACGCGCAGGUCGGCCGCGCGGUCGCCGCCGUCGACGCCGCGGGCCUCCGGGACCGGACCCUCGUGCUCUUCACGUCGGACCACGGCUCGCAGCUCUUCGACCACGGCGUCCAGAAUUCGAAGCACACGUUCCUCGAGGCGUCCUGGCGCGUGCCGCUCCUGGCCCGGUGGCCCGGCGUCCUCCCGGCCGGCGGCGAGGCGACGUUCGCGUCGACGGUCGACCUCACGGCGACGAUCCUCGCGGCGGCCGGCGCGGGCGUGCCGCGGUCCAUGGCCGGCUACGACCUCGUCGCGCCCUUCCGCGGCGCGGGCGCGGCGCGGACGCGCGCGGCGGCCGUCGCGGGCGCGCUCUACCGGGGCUUCGCGGUGGUCACGGCGCGCUACAAGCUCGUGUAUUUUCCCGAGCGCGACGAGGGCCGCUUCUACGACCUCGAAAACGACCCGACCGAGCGGAACGACCUCUGGCGCGACGCGGCGCACGCGGCGCGCCGCGCCGCGCUCCACGUCGCGCUCCUGCGCUGGCGCGUGCGCCAGGACGACCUCGCGUACGAGGCGUCCAUCCUCGCGGACACGCCCGGCGGCUCGUCGAAGGCCGCCGUCGACGGCGUCCGGGGCCUCGACGCGAACCGCGGCGAGCGAGACCUCCAGACCGCGGCCGCGGCCGUCGACGCCAUGGACGCGUAA